ACUGCAAAAAUUAUUCUUGUCUACCUUCGAGCGAGCAAGACGUGCAAAUUACCGCAUUAAAUCGGUAGCGCUAAAAAGUUUUAGAAUAUACUAAAUAAUUAGAAAACACGCACGCAAUCGCGACAAUUUUUGUUUCGUCGUUCUAAGUUUUACUUCAACUUUUGCCAAUAUGAAAUUGAUGCUAGUCUUGAGUUUUUUGUGCCUGUUCGCCGGCAGUUUGGCUGCACCACAAGCUCCUGUUGAGAUUUUAGAGCAAGAAGUGGAUAACAUCGGUCUCAACGGCUACAAGUUCAGCUACAAACUGAGCGAUGGCACAACUCGCACCGAAGAGGCUGUACUCAACAAUGCUGGCACCGAAAACGAAUCACUCUCUGUGCGCGGCAGUGUUUCAUGGGUGGCGCCCGACGGAGUAACCUACACCAUUAACUUUGUGGCCGAUGAAAAUGGCUUCCAACCAGAGGGUGCACAUAUACCAAAAUAAGCUGAUGAUAAUGAUGGCAU